AUGGAGGCCGAUUGGAACGAGGCGACCCGUUUGACGGUUCCAGGUAAUUCAAACGCGCCACACUCGCAGCUCACAACAUUUGCUUUCGACAACCUACAAGAGCUUCUUUGGACGGGGAAUGAGUAUGGUCGAGUAACAUCAUUUUACGGUCCCGAACUCCAAAAGUAUACGGCAUACCGGGGACACGUGAGUAGCGCGCCCAGAGGGGCACCUGGCAAUGCCCCGGUCAAACAAUUCCUGUUCUGUGACAGAGGCGUUAUUUCCGUCUCGCUGCGAAGUGUACAUCUGGCCUCCCGGCGGGGACUAGCACAAUGGCACAUCGCGCAGACUGGAAUGACCGACUUGCGCUGUAUGAGUUUCACCAGUCGUAAGGAAGACGAGCUGCUCGUCGCUGGCUGUCAAACGCAGAUGUACCGCAUCAAUGUCGAGAAGGGAACGGUUGUCGAGACAUUGACAGAUCCGGUGCCGUACACUUUGAUGAAGCUCGCGGGUCAGCACAUAUGCGCCGCAUCUCACGACGGCUCGAUUCAUCUACUCGACCCCAAGACACUCGCGUCUGUGCAUAGCUGGAAAGCUUACGCGGGCACAGUGAACGACAUGGACGCUACCGGUGACUAUCUACUGACGUGCGGCUGGGCACAAAUGCAACAUCAAGGCCUUGCAUUGGAAAGACUUGUGCGGGUGUAUGAUUUGAAAGGUCGAAAACCUGCACCGCCUGUGCCUUUUCAGACGGGGGCUGCAUAUGUCCGUAUGCAUCCAAAGUUGACAUCCACUUGCAUCGUUCUAUCACAGAGCGGCCUUAUUCACUCCAUCGACAUACAAAACUCAGACAUGCCAGCUAUGCGUUAUGCGAACUCUUUUGACAUUCAGUACACGGGUCUCGAGCUCAUGCCUUCCGGGAAAGGGUUUGCCCUGGCAGACUCUAGUGGUCAGAUCGUGCUGUGGAGCUCACCCUCAAAACUGCAAUUCACAGAGUACAGCAGACCUACGGAAUUCGCCGAACAACACGAGCCCAAUGAGACUCUGGAUUGGUCUACAAGCGCUCCGCUGAACUUGAUCGGAAUGCCUUUCUACAGGGAAGCCCUGCUCUCAGGAUGGCCGAACAGCUUGCUUCAUCAAGUCGGCAUGCCAGCGCAGCGCCCAGACCUUCUAGAUCCAUCAUUCCGUGCAGAUGAGUACGGGAAGGGCUAUCCAAACCCUCGCAAAGGUCGACGGUACGAGGCUGUAAACCCUCGCGCUCAGCAAAAGCUAGCAGAUCCGCUCGCCGCACCAAAGUUCCUGAGCGAGAAGCCCCGGGAGGAAGACAAAAAGCGUGAUUCAGAACGACGCACAAGCGAAGGCAUCAUCAAAACGCUCGAAAACCUCAAACUCGAUGGCGCUGCCGCUGCGGAUGUCAAGUUCCUCUAUCGAGUUGURGAAAUCAAGUACAGCAAAUUUGGAGUGGAAGACUUCGACUUUCGAUACUACAACAAGACUCGAUACGCAGGACUCGAGACUCACAUUGUCAACUCGUACGCGAACCCUCUGCUACAGGUAUUCCGGUUCACUCCAGUUGCUCGAAAUCUAGCUCUGCAGCACUGUGCGCGUGAUUGCAGGCUCGAGAAUUGUCUGCUUUGUGAGCUUGGCUUCCUUAUAGACAUGCUCGAGAAGGCCAAAGGGCCUAAUUGCCAGGCGACAAACUUCCUGAGAGCACUCAGCAGACAGCCUGAUGCCGCUGCCCAGAAUGUACUGGAAGGGCAAGUGACGAACAGUUCGCUCACAGCAAUGAUGCAAAACCUCAGCCGCUUCUUGUUGCUGAGGAUGGAGGGCAACUAUGAAUGGGUGGCGCCAUCAUUGGACCAAUUCCAUCUUGCUUUUGGAACCAUCGGACUCGAUUUCACCCAGUGCGCGCACUGCAGCUACGAGAGCAGAAUGGACAAAGUCUGGUACAGCCACGAGCUCUUGUAUCCACAAAAGGCACCCAAACACCGCAACGUCCGGCAGUACUUUUCACAGGUUUUAAAGGCGUCCAUAGAACGGCACAAUCAGCAUCGAGGUUGGUGCUUGAGAUGUAAUGGCUACAAAGGCAUGGUCUCGCAUCGUGCCAUCCAUAGCUUGCCAUCGGUGCUCAUGUUGAACGCCGCGGUGAAUACUCCCGAGGCCCGGCAAACCUGGGCGACGCCAGGCUUUCUUCCGCGCGAGAUCGGCGUCAUAGUAAACAACGGUCGAUUCUUCUGCUAUGAAGGACAGGACUUGCUCCUCCAUCUCCAACGCGGACAAUUCAACAUUAGCGUAUACGAGCUCGUGGGAAUCGUCUCCGAUGUCAGCACUGGGGAUCAUGGAAAAUCACACAUGGUGGCUACUGUCGAUGUGGGCCUUUCGGACAGCGACCCUACCCAGAAGGGUAAGUGGCACCUGUUCAACGACUUUCUUGUGUCGACUCUUCCCUCGGAAGAAGCUCUGCAUUUCAGUCCACAAUGGAAGCUCCCUUCAAUCAUCACCUACCAAGUCAAGACUGCGUCCCAUAAGAUCGACGACACCUGGAAACGAGCGAUUGACACAAGCAUCCUGUUCCGCAGCCCCCCACAGCCAGCUCUAAACCCCGAAUAUCGGUUCCGGGCCCUCACAGAAGACGAGCCAUUGCCAGAUGCCAACACGCACGUCGGGAUCGAUGCCGAGUUUGUGCGUCUCUUGAGAGAGGAAAUUGACGUGGGUGCCGAUGGAACUCGCACGAUGACAAGACCUGCACGCUCAGGGCUUGCUCGGGUCUCCGUGCUUCGAGGAGAUGGAAUGGACCAGGAGCUACCCUUCAUURACGAUUACAUUGCCAUCGACGACACAGUCGAUGACUACCUCACUCGCUACUCUGGUCUGCACGACGGGGAUCUCACCUUGGGUAGAAGUCGCUUCCAGCUGGUAAACCUGAAAGAGGUCUACAAGAAGAUGUGGGUUCUGCUCAAUCUUGGCUGCUCGUUCGUCGGCCAUGGACUCUCCAGCGACUUUCGUAUCAUUAACAUACACGUCCCCGAGUCGCAAGUCAUCGACACGCAGGACCUCUUUUCACUCGGCAGUCGAGCAAGGCGGAAGCUCUCUCUGCGUUUUCUUGCCUGGACUGUCCUCCAAGAAGACAUCCAACGGAGCACAGACAUUGGGCAUGACAGUAUUGAAGAUGCACGAACCGCACUGAAAUUGUGGCGCAAGUACCUCGAGUAUGACAAUGCUGGGGUGUUGGAGACUAUCAUGGAUGAAAUUUGGCACAAGGGCCGGGCGACCGAUUUCAAAGUGCCAACGGAUGGAGGAAGACGCCUACCCGAGACUCCGUCACAUUCGACCCCAGGCACUCCACUACGACCUGCGAUCCGCAUGUCCACCCCCGCCAGAUCAGAGUUCGGGAGUCCACAGAAGUGA